AGUUUGGUUGGCGGUCUGGUUGGCCGUAAAAAUCAGACCACUUUAAAAUUGUUCGUACGAUAUUUCGGAGGUGGUUUUCUGAUAGUUCAUUAGAAUUAAAGUGCCCCGAAUUUAUUCUGUGAAUAAUAUCCUGUAUAUUUCAUUCAGGGCGAUCCUCUCCUGAAGAAUAAAAAUAAAACCAAACGAAAAUGUCGGCCAAAGCGAUAUACGAAGCCUCCGGCAAAGAUAUAAUCAACAGGAACCUGUCCAGCAACACGGCCGCCGUACAAUGCAGAUUCGCCUCCGUUGGACCGGACACAAAGUACGCCGAACUGGUCGCUAAAAACCCGUGGCUCAAGACUGAAAAGCUCGUCGUCAAACCGGACCAGCUGAUCAAAAGAAGGGGAAAAUUAGGCCUCAUUGCAGUAAACAAAGACUUUGAAACCGUGAAGGAAUGGAUAGAUCAACGCAUGAACAAAGACCAGAAGGUCGGUGAGGCUGUAGGAAAACUCCGUAGUUUUAUAAUCGAGCCUUUCGUCGCUCACAAACCGGAAGAGGAAGUCUACGUUUGCAUAUACUCGUCCAGGAACUGCGACACCAUCCUAUUUUAUCAUCAAGGAGGCGUCGACAUCGGCGACGUUGACAGUAAAGCUGUCAAACUCGAAAUACCAGUAGGAACGAGCACAGACUUCGAAACAAUAAGCAAGGUGCUUUUGAAGGAAGUCAAGGACGCCAAUAAGAAAUCUAUAAUAGGAACGUUUAUAUAUAACUUGUACAAACUAUAUGUAGACCUAUAUUUUACCUAUCUCGAGAUCAACCCAUUGGUAGUUACCGAAAAGGAGAUUUACAUCCUAGAUUUGGCAGCGAAGUUAGAUGCCACCGCCGAUUUUAUCUGCAGACCACAAUGGGGUGAUAUAGAUUAUCCACCUCCGUUUGGAAGGGAUGCUUUCCCAGAGGAGGCGUACAUCGCAGAUUUGGAUUCUAAAUCGGGGGCCAGUCUGAAAUUGACGAUCCUCAACAAAUCCGGAAGGAUAUGGACCAUGGUAGCUGGGGGUGGAGCAUCCGUCAUAUACAGCGACACGAUUUGCGAUCUUGGUGGAGCCAAGGAACUAGCCAAUUACGGAGAAUACUCAGGGGCUCCAACGGAACAACAGACUUACGAGUAUGCCAAGACGAUCCUCAGUCUGAUGACACAGGAGAAACAUCCCCAAGGGAAGGUCCUGAUCACUGGGGGUGGAAUAGCUAAUUUCACAAACGUCGCUGCUACCUUCAAAGGUAUCAUAACCGCUCUGGUGGAGUUCCAGGGAAAAUUGAUAGAGCACAAGGUGUCUAUUUUUGUGAGAAGAGCAGGUCCGAACUAUCAAGAGGGUCUUAGGAGGAUGAGGGAAGUUGGACAGACUUUGGGAAUCCCUUUGUAUGUCUUCGGGCCGGAAACUCACAUGACUGCCAUUUGUGGUUAUGCCCUGGGCACCCGUCCAAUACCCAAAGAGAACAAUGUGGAAUUUGCGACCGCCAACUUUUUACUUCCAAGUGGGGAGAAGCAACCGAAUAAGAAGUGUUUAGAUUCCAACCAAGAGGAGGGUUCUAAUGCCCCGCAAUGUUCGAGGAAGGAUAAGGUCCAAAUAAAGGUACAAAUUCCAACAGAAAUACCACAGGGCGACGUCACCGAUUCCUCCGCCAAAGCUAUGUUCACCAACGCCACCAAAGCCAUAGUGUGGGGCAUGCAGACCAGGGCCAUACAGAGCAUGCUCGACUUCGACUUCGUCUGUAGCAGACCAGAACCCAGCGUCGUCGCAGUUAUAUACCCCUUCACCGGCGAUCACAAGCAGAAGUACUACUGGGGACACAAGGAAAUCCUAAUUCCAGUUUAUAAAAAGAUGCUGGACGCGAUGAACAAACACCCUGAGGCUGACGUGCUCGUCAAUUUCGCUUCGCUGAGAUCGGCCUAUCAGAGCACGGUGGAUACCAUGGAGUUCCCGCAGAUCAGGACCAUAGCUAUCAUCGCUGAGGGUAUCCCGGAAAAUCAGACUAGGAAACUGAUCAAAUUAGCCAACGAAAAGAAUGUGUCUAUUAUAGGUCCAGCCACAGUAGGUGGGGUGAAACCGGGCUGUUUCAAGAUCGGCAACACUGGCGGUAUGAUGGACAACAUCCUCCACUCCAAACUGUACAGGCCGGGUAGCGUGGCCUACGUUUCCAGAUCCGGCGGUAUGAGCAAUGAAUUGAACAACAUAAUCUCGAAGGCCACCGACGGCGUCUACGAGGGGGUAGCCAUCGGCGGAGACAGGUACCCCGGCACCACGUUCAUGGACCACAUAAUGAGGUACCAAGCCGAUCCCAACGUUAAGAUGAUCGUCUUACUCGGCGAAGUGGGCGGUGUGGAGGAGUACGAGGUGUGCCACGCCCUCGACACCAAGAAGAUCACCAAACCGCUGGUGGCCUGGUGCAUAGGGACCUGCGCGGGCAUGUUCACAGCCGAGGUGCAGUUCGGACACGCGGGAUCAUGCGCCAACUCCAACAGAGAGACGGCCACGGCCAAGAAUGACGCCCUUAAGGCUUCCGGAGCCCACGUUCCAGAAUCCUUCGAUUACCUGGGGGAUUUGAUACACGACGUGUACGCCACGUUGGUGUCGAAGGGAGUCAUAGUACCAGCUGCAGAAGUACCACCGCCCACCGUACCAAUGGAUUACAGCUGGGCCAGGGAGUUGGGGCUGAUCAGGAAACCCGCGAGUUUCAUGACGUCGAUCUGCGACGAGAGAGGACAGGAGCUCAUUUAUGCUGGUAUGCCAAUCUCAGACGUCCUGCAGAAGAACGUGGGUAUCGGCGGGGUCAUCUCCCUGCUCUGGUUCCAACGCUGUCUGCCGUCCUACGUCUGCAAGUUCUUCGAGAUGUGCCUGAUGGUGACGGCCGACCACGGUCCGGCGGUGUCGGGCGCCCACAACACCAUCGUUUGCGCGAGGGCGGGCAAGGAUUUGGUGUCUAGCGUCGUUUCGGGACUGUUGACCAUCGGCGAUAGGUUCGGUGGGGCGCUGGACGGGGCCGCGAAGCAGUUCAGUGAAGCGUACGAUUCAGGCCUUCACCCGGCAGAAUUCGUCAACUCGAUGCGUAACAAAGGACAGCUGAUCAUGGGCAUCGGACACAGGGUGAAAUCGAUAAACAACCCAGACCAGAGGGUGAAAAUCGUCAAGGAGUUCGUCAUGGCCAACUUCCCGGCAACCCCCCUGCUCCGAUACGCCCUGGAAGUGGAGAAACUGACUACCAGCAAGAAACCUAACCUCAUUUUGAACGUAGACGGCGUUAUCGCUUGCUCGUUCGUAGACAUGCUCAGGAACUGCGGUAGCUUCACCAGUGAGGAAGCCCAGGAGUAUAUCAACAUUGGUGCCAUCAAUUCACUGUUCGUUCUAGGCCGGUCGAUAGGUUUCAUCGGCCACUUUAUGGACCAGAAGAGGCUCAAACAGGGCCUUUACAGACAUCCUUGGGAUGACAUUUCCUACGUUCUACCUGAACAAUACAACAAUUAGAAUACCCCUAAGGAUCCCGAUGAAGCUGCACAUAUUUACGAAAUUACGAAUUUGAUAGAUCAGGGAUGUCUUGUGUAAAGAGUACCGUAGUGCAUUUCGCGAGGAAAAGACUUUAGUUAGCGAUUUUUCAUCGACCGUGCAAUUUCCUUUAGUUCUUCGUAUUUCCACUCGUAGGUGUUAAGUAACAUGGAAUGAUUUUUAGGUCGGGUGCGUUUCUUUUAUAGUUUGAAAAAAAUUUUAUGGACGAAAUGUUUUUAAAGUGGAAAAUAAGUGAAUUUUAACGUGAGGAAGAAAAUGAAACGGAAAGAUUCGUAGAGGAGAAUUUCUUUCCUUUUUUAUAUUUUUUUAUUGGAUGUUCCAGUUUUUCAUGUUGAGAAAAUUAUAUUUAAUAUUUAUUUGUAUCAUCUAUGCAUAGGUUAAAUGAUAAUAUAUUUGUUAAAAAUUUAAA